AUGUUGUCAACAGGUCUAAAUCCGGAUCGGAGUGUCAAAGCAGAGUCACUAGAUAUGGUGAAAGUACCAGCAGUGGCGGGCGGCGACGCAACACUCCCGUGUGACACCCGGUCCACGCAGGCGUCCGACGUUCUCUUACUCGUCGUGUGGUACAAAAAUGAUGUACCUUUGUACAGUUACGACGGCCGUAUCAAAGGGCCGACAGCUCACUGGGCAGACGACGUACUUGGCGGGCGCGCCAGGUGGCACGCUGCUACACCAUCCUCGCUCCGAAUACGUGACGUGCUCCCUACUGACAGAGCUGUGUAUCGGUGUAGAGUCGACUUCAAGAUCUCACCGACAAGGAACCAUAAGAUCUUGUUGGAUGUUAUAGAACUGCCGGAGAAACCGAAGAUUUUCGAUGAAUUUGACAAAGAAGUGAUCGGCGUCGCAGGCCCAUACGUUGAAGACAGUAGUGUGAAACUCACCUGUGUUGUAAGUGGAGGAAAACCCAUGCCACGUCUUCGCUGGUGGCGUGACGACAAAGUAAUAGCAACCCUUGCACCAGUCGAUGAUGGAUCUCGACUCAGCCUUUUAGAACUAAGGAUACCGAAGCUGACAAGGGAUUACUUUGAGGCUGUGUAUACAUGUACCGCUGAUAAUACGGUACUGGUGCCACCGUUGAGAGUCAACGUGCAAAUUCAAAUUUAUCUGCGACCACUUUUCGUAGAGAUACUUGCCAGAGAACAACCACUCUCCGUGGGUCAGACAGCUGAAUUGGCUUGUAAGGCAGUGGGCUCAAGACCACCGGCUACCAUUUCGUGGUGGCUCGAUGAUCAACAAAUGUCUACUGCUGCUAUUCAAAAGAAUUCGGACGAUAAAAAUGAAACCAUAUCAUUUCUACGAUGGACUCCCCGUAUGGAUCAAGACGGUCGGGUUUUAACGUGUCAAGCAGCGCACAGCAAACUCGAACACAAUACUCUAGAAAGUAGUGUUACGCUCAAUCUUCAUUAUGUUCCAAUAGUAAGUUUACAAUUAGGUUCAAAGCUUAAUCCUAACGAUAUCGAGGAAGGUGACGAUGUCUACUUUGAGUGUAUCGUGAGAUCAAAUCCACCAGCUUACAAAGUUGUUUGGGAACAUAACGGUCAAGUGAUGACACAUAAUCAGCGAGCAGGAGUGAUAGCAGGCUCGGCUCAUUUAGCCCUGCAAGGCGUUAAUAGAAGCCAAGCGGGAAAGUAUGCAUGUACUGCAUCUAACGUCGAAGGUGAUGGCAAAUCACCACCUGUCAAUCUUCAAGUAAUUUAUAAACCAGUAUGUACAAUAACAACAACAGUUAUAGUAGGUGCCGCGAUAAAUGAACCUACUAAAGUUGUAUGCGAAGUGGACGCCUUUCCGCCGCCGAAGAACUUCCAGUGGACGCUUAAUAAUUCCAUGGGAACUUUGGAAAUUGAAGCCGAAAAGUUUACCAUCGAUGCAAUGGGGCGGUCAGUCUUCUCUUAUACUCCUGCAACUGAAAGAGACUAUGGUUCGCUGGCAUGCCGAGCCACAAACUUGGCAGGACAGCAAGUAGAGCCGUGUCGGUACUCCUUGCUCCCAGCUGUCAAACCAGAUCAACUUAGCAACUGUACGUCCAUUAAUCUAACCGACGACUCCGCCGAAAUCAGAUGUUUGUCUGGUUACGAUGGUGGUCUUCACACGUCGUACUUUGUGGAAGUUUGGGAGGCGAAAAACCUAAUAGCAAAUGUUUCUACGCCCUUGCCAGCGUGGAUACUUCGAGGACUUGGUUCAGGAAAGACAUUAAAGCUAGUUUUUUAUGCCUUCAAUGCGAGGGGGAGAUCAGAACCCGCUAUAUUGAGGAUAAAAACUCUGGCAAGACUGGCUCUGCCCACAGGUGCUAACUCCGGCAAAGGAGGCAGUGUAGAUGCAAGCUGGGCACUAGGAAUUAUCGUUGGUAUCGCUGGAACGCUCGUAGUAAUAGUGAUUAUCACUUUAUUGGCCAGAAGAAGACAGCAUCCACCGAUGCAGUAUGAAGCUCCUAUGCAGACGGCGAAGGCGUACAAAGGCACGAUACAAAGCGCCAACCAUUCUCCGGCUCAGCCCGACGAUAAAAAUCCUGACGUGGUGCCACUCGGUAAAGAUUUUAAUAGUGCACGUGACUUAGAGCGCCCGCCAGAGCCGCCCCCUUACGGGUCAGUAGUAUCUCCGCCAGUUGGGUCUUCAAGGAGUUCCCACAGCCUUCAACAUCAUGAUGUGAGGCCCAUGACACCCCACACUCCCAAUACGCCUGCAUCUGAUGCGCAUAGUAUCGGCACCUUAGCAGAUGACCGUCGGAGUGUGACAAGCGGCACCUUCUCAAGGCGGAGGGAAGUCGUCACAACAAGAACGCCACUUCUAGCGAACGCAAGAGAAAGCUGCGUUUAG